UGUGCCGCUAAGAAAACGUCGCCUCCCCCCAUUCAUUCAUGAUUCGAUGCAUAAUGUUUGGAUCCGUUUAUUUAUCUUCAGAUUUUUAAAUUAAACCAGUCACUUUAUUAAAAAUGGCUGCAAAGCGAAAAGUAGAGGUGAUUGUCCCCGCUGAGGAAAGCGACCAGCUCUUAAUUCGACCAUUGGGCGCUGGUCAGGAAGUUGGGAGGUCUUGUAUUAUCCUGGAGUUCAAAGGAAGGAAAAUAAUGCUGGACUGUGGCAUUCACCCUGGCUUGGAAGGAAUGGAUGCACUCCCCUACAUAGAUUUGAUCGAUCCAGCAGAGAUUGACCUGCUGCUAAUCAGCCAUUUCCAUCUGGACCACUGUGGAGCUCUGCCUUGGUUCCUCCAGAAGACCAGCUUUAAAGGCAGAACCUUCAUGACCCAUGCCACUAAAGCCAUCUACCGCUGGCUCCUGUCCGACUAUGUCAAAGUCAGCAACAUUUCUGCAGACGACAUGCUGUACACAGAGACUGACUUGGAGGAGAGCAUGGAUAAGAUCGAGACCAUCAACUUCCACGAGGUCAAGGAAGUGGCUGGGAUCAAGUUCUGGUGCUACCACGCUGGCCAUGUUCUCGGAGCUGCUAUGUUCAUGAUUGAAAUAGCUGGAGUCAAGCUGCUGUACACUGGAGACUUCUCCCGACAAGAGGACAGGCAUCUGAUGGCAGCUGAGAUCCCCAGUGUCAAACCUGACAUCCUGAUCAUAGAGUCGACCUAUGGCACCCACAUCCAUGAAAAGAGGGAGGAGCGUGAAGCUCGGUUCUGUAACACCGUCCACGACAUCGUCAACAGAGAAGGACGAUGUUUAAUCCCUGUUUUCGCUUUAGGUCGAGCUCAGGAACUGCUGCUAAUCCUGGAUGAGUAUUGGCAGAAUCACCCGGAGCUCCAUGACAUCCCCAUCUACUACGCUUCAUCUCUGGCCAAGAAGUGCAUGGCUGUGUACCAGACGUACGUCAACGCAAUGAACGACAAGAUCCGCAAGGCCAUCAACAUCAACAACCCAUUUGUCUUCAAACACAUCAGCAACCUCAAGAGCAUGGAUCACUUUGACGACAUCGGCCCCAGUGUGGUCAUGGCGUCUCCAGGGAUGAUGCAGAGCGGUCUGUCCAGGGAACUGUUUGAAAGCUGGUGCACUGACAAGAGGAAUGGAGUCAUCAUUGCUGGAUACUGCGUGGAGGGAACGUUGGCCAAGCACAUCAUGUCUGAGCCGGAGGAGAUCACCACCAUGUCAGGACAGAAGCUCCAGCUGAAGAUGUCGGUGGAUUACAUCUCCUUUUCUGCUCACACCGACUACCAGCAGACCAGCGAGUUCAUCCGGGCUCUGAAACCGCCGCAUGUGAUCCUGGUCCACGGGGAGCAGAAUGAGAUGGCCCGGCUGAAGGCGGCACUCAUCAGGGAGUACGAGGACAACGACCAGGUCCACAUCGAAGUCCACAACCCACGUAACACUGAAGCCGUCACCCUCAACUUCAGAGGAGAGAAACUGGCCAAGGUGAUGGGUUCUCUGGCCGAUAAGAAGUGUGCCCAGGGCCAGAGGGUGUCGGGCAUCCUGGUGAAGAAGAACUUCAACUACCACAUCCUCAACCCCUCAGACCUGUCAACGUACACAGAGUUGGCCAUGAGCACCGUUAAACAGACCCAGGCCAUCCCUUUCACUGGACCGUACUCACUGCUCGUCUGCCAUCUGAGGAACCUCACCGGUGAUGUAGAGGAACUAGAGGGAACAGAGAAGAACACGUUGAAGAUCUUUAAAAGCAUCACUCUGAUCCACGAGGUUGGCAUGGUGCUGCUGGAGUGGAUCGCGAACCCUUUAAAUGACAUGUACGCAGAUGCGAUCACCACAGUAGUGCUGGAGGUCCAGUCGAAUCCAAAAGCUCAAAAAGUUAUGGAAACACAGAGCACAAUCAUGGACAUGGAUGUCUUCCAGACCCGGUUAGAAGUCAUGCUGCAGGACAUGUUUGGGGAGGAAUGUGUAGAUUUCAGUGACGGUAGAAACAUCGCUGUGACUGUAGAUGGGAAGACGGUUCACAUCUGUGUGGAAACAAGGUCGGUGUGCUGCGAGGACGAGUGCACAGAGGACGACUCGCUGAGAGAGAUGGUGGAGUUGGCGGUUCAGCGACUCUACGACGCCCUCAACCCUGUUAUUUAAGGUGUAAACAUCUGCAGAGACAUUUAGAAGCAUUUAAUGACUGAAUAAGGGCUGGGGUUAUUUAGACUUCAUUAUCACAGAUGGAAGAAUAGAAGGAGAAAUGAGCAAUUUGUACAUGAAGGCUGAAAACAGGACCCUGAGGCCAGUCAAGACCACAGCUGUAGGGGUGUCGCUAUAUAUCUGGUGCUUUCUCCGAUUUGUUGUUAUUAAUGUAGUU